AUGACGGAUGCAGACACCCAAAAACUCCCAUACCUGCCCGAAGACGUCCUCCUUAUCAUCCUCGAACUCGUCGAAUCCACCGCCAGUCCCUCCACCCUCGCUCCCCUCGCCCGCGUGUCCCGCUCCCUUCACCGGAGAUUCUUCCCUCUUCUCUACAACUCUCCCAUUCUCACCCAGCACAAAUGCUCCGGAUUCUUCUCCGGUCUUCUCGACGGCAGUAUAGAUGAGGAAGAGAAGAAGCACUGGCAGGAAGGAGAGCUAGAGGACAAAAGAUCGCCAGCCGCCCGAAGACUCAUCAUGCUACGAUAUGUGUGGAAACUGCACCUUGACGACCUCGAGGCUGUCGAGGUAUGCCAUGCAGCUAUAGGCGCUUUCCUGGAGCUGAGACUUGGGACCCCACCGAGAAAACUAUACAAACCGCGAAUACUCGACCCUCCUCCCAGUGGCUUCCUCUUCUACGCACCCAUUGCCCCCACCGUCCACCUCUCUUCCACCCUUCUCGACGCCUGGCGAUCUUCCGAGUCUCCUUGCGACUCCAUGGACGAAUGGUUCAAGCUGUUCAAGUUUAUAACGAAGCCAUAUGGGGUUUUGUCAUUCCAGAUGCCGGAGAAGAGACCUGGUACUGAGGCUGAGGCUGAUGGUGCGACGUACCAGUCGUUUCUGGAAUCUCUUUGUCGGAAGAUGAAGCCGCGAUUGUUGGUGAUCGACGACAUCGUACCCGACGAUUUUGGAGGUACGUGUCUCGAUUAUGCCGUGUUUGCUUCCCAGAGGGGCGUCGCCUUUCGGUACCGGGAUAGCGCAGACGCCGAAGCAAUCGUGCAUACCAGGGGGAAAGUCGCAGAGUUAUUGUGGUAA